CACCAAACAAAUAUUGAAACAAAAUACAUAUAUAUAUCUCCAUUCCUUCUCCUCUUUUUUCCCUUGUCCUUUGUCUUUCCAUAUCAUGUCUAGGGUUAUGGAACCCCUUAUGGUGGGCAGGGUGGUAGGAGAAGUGGUGGAUGUCUUCACACCGACCGUUAAAAUGACAGUGACUUACAACUCAAACAAACAGGUCUCCAACGGGCAUGAGAUCAUGCCUGCUGUCAUUGCCAGCAGACCCCGAGUUGAGAUUGGAGGGGAAGACAUGAGAACUGCAUACACACUGAUCAUGACAGACCCUGAUGCUCCCAGCCCUAGUGAUCCACACUUGAGAGAACAUUUGCAUUGGAUGGUCACCGACAUUCCUGGCACUACUGAUGUCUCUUUUGGAAAAGAAGUUGUCGGGUAUGAGACCCCAAAACCAGUGAUAGGGAUCCACCGAUACGUGUUCAUACUGUUCAAGCAGAGAGGAAGACAGACUGUGAGGCCUCCGGCUUCCAGAGACCACUUCAACACCAGGAGGUUCUCGGAGGAGAACGGGUUGGGGCUGCCAGUAGCCGCCGUGUACUUCAAUGCGCAGAGAGAAACAGCUGCAAGAAGAAGAUAAGGAAAAGACGAAAAAAGAUGGGCUAAGACCCUUCUACUAGUUUACUCAUUAUAUAUAAUGGGAAUAAUCCGUAACAGAUUCUUUCAGUUUAAUUAACUGAGUUUCUGUUGGAUUGAUUGCGUUAAAAGUACUGUAGUGCAUGUACUUGUGUUGUAUGGAUAGCUAGGUUACUGUUUUUACGGUAUGACUAGGUUUGUGGGUUCCAUCUCUAUGUUUUUUUAGGGUACUUUUGAGGAGGAUCUGGUAAUGAUAGGAUGCAUUGUAGUAAACAGGGCUACAUGUC